UUUUUAUCAAUUACAAUUAUUUUUAGUGAAAUACAUAUUAAACAUAUAAUUGUUUAAAGACUACUCUUAUUUUAUUAUUCAUAGUUAUCGCUUGAUAUUAAAUGGAAAAAUAUUUUAUAAUAAUUAAAUUCCAAAUAUGAAUUGCCAUCAAAUUAUAUCGGGGUCUGCAAAUGAUGGAGAUUUUACUUUUUGCAAUGGCAAUAUUGAUGGUUAUCCGUUCUUAGUUUAUGGAUCGGGUAGUGAAAUAAUUGUACUGGAUAAAACUUUCAAUCAACUUCAAGUUAUAUCUCAUGGCAGAACCGGGAACAAAAAUCUCGUAUGCUUAGACUGCUCUAAAGAAAACGGAAAAAUUAUAGCUUCCUAUGGAACAGUAUUAUUAAUCAUAGAUCCCGUUCAUUUCAAUACUCUUCUCCCUGAUUCGCAAAAGGAAACCAACUCACAAAACCAAGAAAAUAAUGAGCCCAACACAGAUUCCAAUGAUCAAAAAUUCAUAUACAUCUGGCAAAUUACCCAAGUCAUAGAAUCAGGGUUUUGGGUCAGUUCGUUGAGCCUGAGCCUUAGUAAUUAUUUUUUAGCAGGUGGAUGCGGACUCUCCUUGUGGAGUUAUACGAAUUCUUCUCAGAGUAUUCAGAAUAAUUCUAGCUCAGAGAAGGACACCAGCGUUGAAGGAAUGAAUGCGAUUAAUUCGAAAUUUAUAUUGGGAGCUGACGCUUACGAAUCUCACGAUGAAGCAGAAGAUAAUAUUAAUAACAUAAAUAAUAGUCAUAAUUAUAAUAAUGAACUCAAUGAAAGUGGAUGUACGUGGGUUAAAAUUUGGAAAACUUUAUCACCGAAUCCUAUAAAUCACGUCGAAUUUUCGCCUGAUGGCCAAUAUUUUGCUACCUCAAGCGCGGAAGAUCCCCUAAUCAAGAUAUGGUUCGAAAUGAAAACAAAUGAACGAAAAGCAAACCCAUCCCAGGAUGAAGUGUUAGAAACCGAUCAAGGACACCAAUCUAAUAAAUUGGACUUUUUUUACACGUAUCUCUACCAUCCCAAACCCGUCUUAUCAUUUCAAUGGAGACAAACCAGUCACUACAUGCCUAGGGGCACAGUACCCAACGUGCUUAUCACAUGCUGCACUGAUAACAUCGUCCGCAUCUGGAGGGAAGAAUGCACCAUAAAAUCCACUGGUGCGCUAAUCACAAAAAAUCCUUCCCUCCCACCUUUUAAAAAUGACCAAAAGUACAAGACCUUUUCCAACUUUUCUCGCUAUUCCAUGCAGCAAGAUACGCCUAAUAAUUUCGAUAUUAAUAAUCCUACCGCUAAUGACGGGAGAAACACAACGCCAAAUGAUCUUGAUCCUAAUAUUGCAAAUGGAAAUGAGGGUGGUGUGCAAGACCAUCAUCACCAAAAUCAAUACAAGUUCAGGUUACUCAAGCAUCUGAGAUAUAUCAGACAAAAGAUUCAUUCCAUAGAACUGUGUCACUUGCCGAAUGGGAAUGUCCGUCUAAAGAAAAAAAGGCUUAAAGAUGAUCCUAACUUUAACAACUCUGCCAAUAAAAGUAUCAACAAAGGUAACACCUUUUCCCUUUCAUCUUUCGGCCAAUCAUCUUUCUCAAAUUUCCUAAACCUCACCCAUUGGCCGUCCUUUUCGUCCAAUCACCCUCACGAACAAACCGAAACGAAAAAUCUCGGAAACGACAAUACCGAUAAUAAGGGCGAUAAUUUCGACGGAGUGAAGUUUCAAUUCAAUCUGGUGGCAAAGUUGGAUAAUAUCGAUAAAGACUUUUCAGCCUUCUUAACGUUACAUUGGCUCAAUAACAAGGAAUUCCAUUUUACGCUAAGGAGUGAAAAGAUUUUACUCAUGUUGAUGAAACAUUCUAAAAGCGAUCAUAAUAUAUCUCGUAUUUUAUCCUCAUACGAAGAUAACAUAAAGAAUCUCUCUACUUCCUCUUCAUUCGAAUCGAAGGAUACCCUAAGCCACACUAUCAAUAAUCCACCAAAUGGGCUCAAAAACGAUUAUCUGCAUAACAAUCCUACCUUGCACCACACUCAAUCUUCCUCCCAUGUGCCAGACAUCCAAUUGUCUCAUUCUUCCCCCCAUGUGCCAGACCUCCAAUUUACUCAUUCUUCCGAUAAAACUUCCAGCACUGCUAACUCUCCAGCCGAUAAUGUAAUUGAUAAGGAAACAGAUAGAACUGACGAAAUAUUUAGCAUUUUAGAGAACCAGGUGAUCAAAGAGAUCGAAGCGUUGCUUAAAGACUGGCAUCAGAAUAUCGAUAUUCUCUAUUCAAUUCAUCCGUUCAAUGGAGAUUUGCUUUUAUGGAAAGUUGAAUGGAUAGACGAAUAUCUUCCGGGAUACGUACAACACCCAAAAUUAUCCUUCAUGUUCGAUUUACCUAACACAUUUGCUUUAAGUAAACUAGAUUUAGAGAAAGGUUUCAAACAGAGGCAUUUAUUAUUCACUGACCAUUCCUUACUACUUAUGGACGUUCUUUCGCAUCAAUUCUCUAAAAAACUCGCUAACUCACCUUCCUUACCUCUUCCUAACAUUCCUUUCAACGUCAACCACCAAGUUUCAUCCAUACAUCAUGACUAUGGUGGCAUCCAUCUUGAAACGGAAAAUUGGAGUCGGGACUAUUUCGACACAUUCCCAUUAUAUUGUGUCACCAAUAACAAGAGAGGAAAUCUAAAUUUAUGGCUUAUGAAUUACGUUAGCAAAGAGUACGAAAUGCCUCGAAUCCUAAACGUGGAACACAUUUGCGAGGUAUUGGGCCAUACCCAAACCAUCACCAACCUUUGUAGUCAUCCGUCCCUUCCACUUAUCCUCUCAUCUUCCGACUGCGAAAUCAUCGUCUGGAAGCUUAAACCUAUCGGUCCUUUAGGUAUAUCCGGAGGACUGAGCGAAUUCGCUUCGAAGAGGAUUUCUUUCAACAAUCAAACCAAUAAUCUCGAUAAAGGAGGCCUAAAAGGGAAUAUUUAUAACAAUGAGACCACUUUUGACUAUAAGAAGCGUAAUGGUAAUAAGAAUCGUUGCUUUGCUUGGAUACCCUCAUUUUCAUCUCCCUUUUCAUCUUUUACCUCCACAUGUAAUGGAAAACAACAAAUAAUGGCCUCUAAUAGCAUAAAAAUAGGAUUUGUAGCCUUAAAUCCUUUCGGCAAUAGUAUUCAAAUGUUUCAACUCGCCUUUCCAACACUAACGAAAAAUUCUUCUGGAGGUGCGAAGGAAACUUCAUACAUUCGUAGAAAAUCAUCUACAAUCCAUUCCGCAGUAAUGACCAAAAUGGCUCAAAGGUUUUCCCAAUCUUCUCAAAAUUACCUCUCCGACUCCAUUAAUUACGAUAGCAAAUGGUUAAACACUGCCAAUAUGAUCUCAAUUAGUGAGAUAGAUUUCGGGAGAUAUGUUAAAAACAUGCAAGGGUACUCCGUCAAAUUUCUACACGUCUUUGACGGAAAAAUGUUAUUUCAAACAUCUUCCUUUGCUCUUCCUUCCUCUAAAUGCAACAACAUAAUCUUCUAUCUAGUUCUCAUUCUAACUAACGAUUUAAACUUACAACAAGAAGACUCCUACAAUGAAAAGACUACUACAAGCGACAACAAUCAUUUUGUUAAUGAGACAAGCGAACAUCUCGAAAGAGACGAGGAAGUCGAAAACGAUUCAGAUAAAAUAAUCACCUGGUCUAUUAAUUUUCCUGUAAGCACGAUGACAUCUGUCAGUUCAUCCGAUGAAAAUGGGAAAGCUUCUUCGCAACCUCAAAUAAAAUUGGUGAGCGUUCAAAACAUAUAUACUGAAACGCAAAUAGAUCCCAAACUCGUUUUCAGCCUACCCAACUACAUUAACAUAGUGUCGGCCAGCCCUUACGUUAAUUCUCUUGCCAGUAAAAAUUUGACGAAUCCUUCAGAUUUUGCUGAUUCUAUGGAAUCAAGCAAAAAUAAAAAAUCAAAUGAAAGUAAAGAGAAUGAAAAGAAUGACAGAGCGUUUAUGCUACCACCUUAUCUCGUGUGUCUGGCUUGUUCGGAUGCUACCAUUAGAUUUCUCAAAUGUUUCAAAGAUAAAGAUAGUUACCUAUGGCGUGAAUGGAGUAUGCCCCACAUGUAUAGAAUUAUACCGGAUACGAAUAAAGAAAAUAUAAGAGGUCAUGUAGCUGAAAGACGGGGAACCAGUGCUAUUAAAUUAGAACUGCCAGCUCUUCAAGUAACAUGUUCAUCCUUUCCCGGCGGAAGAAUAUGUGCCAUAGUUCCGGAAGGGAACCAAUUUUUGGGCAUAGGAACGCACAGUUUCCUGAAGUUUAAAGCUCUCAUUUUCGAAUGCGAAUCUUCCGGUGGCUCUGAUUGGAUUUUGGAAGAUAAAAUACCUCUUAUACUGUACACUAUCAAUACCGAGACAAAGAACGAUAACACACAGGAUCAAGAUAAUGAAGAAAGCCAAUUCGAUCAGUUUUACGAAAAUCCGUCUAGUCAUGUGAGGGUAGAAUGGGUUCCAACGGAGGAUGGCUCUCAUCUGCUUUUCAUCUCAACUUCCUUACCUACCUAUCGACCCUUGAAUUCCGAUUUAAGCAUUAAGCAAUCUACCCAACAACUUUCGAGGGAAAAACUUUCGGUAUACGCCUAUUUUUCGCAAGACAAUAACGCCACAUCUAGUUCUAUCAGUUCGGGUGCUUUUACGAAAAGCCUUGAGAACCCCUCAUUACUGGCAGAUCGCAAAUGGAGGCUAGUUUUUCAAGGUAUCACCGAACCUGGAAUUCAAUAUGGGAGUAGUGACGCGCAUAAUUACAAGAUGAUUCCUACCAUAGAUGAUAAUAGCAGUAGUUAUGUAAUACCACGAUUAUGUUCCGCUUGGGUCAGGGAGGGUGCUUUUGUAGUAUCACGCGAUCACGCCUUGCUCGUAUUUUCUCAUUGGGCUAAUACCACAGGCAGUACCAUGGCAGAUUUCAAUGAAUUCAAUCCCGCCUCCAAAUUAUCUAAUGCAAAAGAUGCUGAAAGAUCGAAAAGCUUGAGUUUUCAGGCAAUUCAGCAUCAGGGAAUAAAAGCACGAUCUUCAGAACCCUCUUUAGAUACUUUGGCGAGUCCGUCUAUUGAUAAAAAGACCGUAUCAAAACGUAAAAAAUCUUCCCUCUUGAAUUUGGCUUCCCACAGGAAUUCUUCGGCUGCUUCUGGGCUUUCAAAAUUGGGCAGUAGAUCUAAUCUACCCAUUUUGAAUGUAAAAAUUAAAGAUGUUCAAAGUGAGAAUCGAUCGAAUAAUUCUGACAAAGAUACGAUCAAUCUAAAAAACAGUUUCAAAAUUCCUGGUCCUUUUACCCCACCUUCUCUUAAUAAUACCACCAUAUUAGCCAAUCCUUUGAAAAUUAUGCAACAUCAUUACCAUAAAAAUAACCCUGAAACGUUCAAAAUUUUGGAAGAAGAUUUUACCUUUAGCAAAUUACAAAAUCAAAAUAAUGGAUUAGAAUCCCUUUUCGGAGGUAACGUACUGCCCCAAUACCACCCUAAGCAAUUAACAGAAUUGUUGGGCUGCGGUCAAAUAGAAACAGUGGUUCUCGUUUUGGGAUAUCUGACCAGAUUCCUGGGGUUAUCUGAUAGGGCCUCAGCCCUUGCAGCCUCUAGAAGCAAGAUGGAACACGUGUCCUUGCAAGGUACCAGAAACAGGGCUGCUUCUAUGGCAUUGUCUCGUAACGAUUUUUCUAAUUCUGAAAUAUCCUCAUCCAAAAUGGCAGGGCUCGUGAAACAUGAUAUAUUUUAUCGUCUACCGGACAUUUCCGGUGAUAUAGGUUAUUUCGAGGUAGAAUCGAUUCCCCCUCUUCCCAUGUUCGUAUUCCUAACACUCGACUCCACUAAAUUGUCUGGGACUUCCAGUUCAUCUAUGGCUUACAUUCAAGAAAUCAGACGACAAUUGAGCGGCUCACCAGAUACAGAUGAGGAAUCGAACGUACAAAUUUCUACUUCUACAAAGCCAAGGGAAAGGAGUGGUAGCAUGUUAUCCAUUCGAUCUAGGAGUAGGAGCAGAAGCAAAAGUAUCACUCUCAUGAACAAAAGAGUCGGGGUCGAUAAAGUUGAGCCCGAUGGAGGUGCAAAAAUUGCUAGUAGAUCUAGUCUCGGAUCAGGCGAGGACGAUUUGCCCAAGCCAACUAAAACAGAAUUAGACGACUCAUCGCCCAUUUCGUCCAAGGAAACAGACGAUAACAGCGAUCAUCGAAUAUCAUUCGGUCGGAAAGAAGUUAAUAUCCUAACACGUUAUUUGACUCGUAUUUCGCUUCCAGAAAUUAGCGCACUUGAACAAGCGCAGUUGCUCGCUUUGGCUGAUACGGUAGCUUGGGUUAUCCAAAAGGAAUCCAACGAAAUCCCUAAAACAAUAAAAAAUGCGGAUAAUGAUAAAUCACUCAUGAACGAUGAUUCCUUCUUGACCAGUAAUUAUGAAGUGGAAGAUCGUAAAAACCACACUCCAGUUGAUGGAGGAAAUAUGGAAGAGGACAUCGUGAAGAAUCAAGAACAGGAUGAUAAAUUAGAUGGGCCUGGUUUAAGAUAUUGCAUAGCCAUGAGGCAAUUCAAUUACUUGAACCUCAAUUCAGCCGCUAAAAAAUUGUCCACUUCCCGAAACAGAACUGACAUUUAUAAAAACAAGAUAUCGACUCCGUUAAUGAAAUCUUCUGCAUUUGCUUGGGCUCUCCACUCCGGCACUCAAGCAGCUUGUUUGAGGCUCAUUCCGGCUUUUCAAAAAGGGAAUUUUACUUGGGAGGAAUUCAGAAAAUAUGGGUGCGGUUGGUGGUUGAGCGACAGGUCUACUCUCGUUAAUUUAAUAGAAAACAUUGCUAAACAUUCGUUUCAAAUCAACAAGGAUCCAUUGGACGCCUGUCUUUACUUCAUUUUACUCGGGAAAAAGACGGUUAUUCAGGGACUUUUUAAAUCUUCGCAAAACAGCAAAAUGUACGAAUUCUUUAGGCAAGACUUUACACAGCUCAAAUGGAGACGAGCCGCUGAUAAAAAUGCAUUCGCGUUAUUAGGCAAACACAAAUACCAUUUGGCCGUGGCGUUUUUCUUGUUGGGCCAUUCGCUUAACGAUGCUAUACAAGUUUGUUUGAAAUACCUGAAAGAUAUUCAACUGGCGUUGAUUAUAUGCAAACUAUAUAUAGAAGAAUCUCAAAAAGACCCUAAUAUAGAUCAAACCUCGGAACCUUAUUCACCUCGAGCUUCCCUUAUACCUACAUCAGAUACCACCGAUAACUUUGAGAAUAUUGCUAAAAAGCCUGGCUCUCUUAUAGGUUUUGGUAGGAAAGUUGGAACCAGCUCUUCAAAUGACGAUAAUAAUCCCUUGAUUGCAAAUUUCGAUAUUGAUGCUAAAAAUGAAAAUUCUCAAAAUAAAAAGGCGCAACACAUAUACAAACCGAAGCCCGGUUCUCUCAUUGGUUUUGGUAGAAAACCUAGGUCCGCUAAUGUCGAAGAUAAUUUUGACGGCAAUAACAUUUUAAAUUUUUCCAGCAAAAAUCUUAAUCCUAAUAUGAAAAAUGAACAAAAUAUAAUAUUAAAUUCCAAUACCGAAAGGAAUAAAAAUUCUGAUCAGAUAAAAAUCGACGUUAAACCCGAUAAUCAAUACAGUGCCAAUGCUUGUGAAUUGAGAUUCGUACAAUUCUUCUUAGCUUCCGACCCUCUUUAUUCUCAAUUAUACCCGGACUCUACAUCGCAUCUCAAACUUAACGACCAACAGGAUUUACAAAAGACCAUCUUAGAUCUACCUCCUCAUUCGUUCGAACUAUGCGAAGCCCGGCAAGGUGACCCUUUUAUCUUGAGCAUAUGCUUGUGGAUAUCUGGUCAAUAUCUGGCAUCGCUCAAGAUCUUUCUCGACACCCUAGCGCCUCCCAAGUACAAUAAACGUUUCACCCUUAAUAAAUCUGAUUCGAGGGAACGGAGAAACAGUGCCGAAGCCAUUAAAGCUUACAAUCAAAGGUUGAUGGAAGUAGAUCGAGAGGGAGAGAAAGAAUCAAAUGGUGAGAAACAGGAAAAACACCAUGAUGAUUUGGAAACAAAUGACGGGGAACAAGAAAGACGCCAUGAUGAUUUGCCCUCUGCUAAAGAUGAAAAAGUUGCUAAAAAGAAAGGAACCGUUAAAUUCGCUCUAUCACCGGAACACAGUGACCAGGAAACCGAGCAAGUAGUCAAUAAUAUUGAUAUUAACGAUGUUAAUAACGACAAAGAUUCUAAAUCUCAUAGCUACCCGAAAGAUUUGUUUGCUACCUUUCCUCGUGAUUCCAUUCCUCCAUUAUUAUCUGCUAAACUUACCGCUAAUGGCACAAAUAAAAACAUUUUCUCUCGCCGACGCAUGAGUUCUAUAACAGAAACUCGCGAACCACCGUCUUCUUUUUUCUUGAGCAUGGACCGAAUGUUCGAUAUAACCAGCAUUUUCAACUUUUACCAAUACCUAAGGAAACGGAUUUAUUCAAAUAAAGGUUCUCAUACCAUAAAUCCUCAAGAAAGGCAUCUUUAUUUCGCUUGCGCUUAUACUUAUAUUAAGAUUGGCUGCCCUAUUUUGGCUCUGGAGAUUCUGAACCGUCUCUCGUUCAAAAAUAUAUGCGAACUAAAUGAAGCUAAUUCAAAUAAUAAUACUGCAUUGCCCGCAAAUGAUAAUUCCAUGAGCUCGGAUGAUGUCAUGAUGUACCAACUGAAAUGGACGGCAUGCCUCAAAAUCAUGGGACACGAGAUGCUAGCUACUUUUGGUAACACCACAUUUUUUGAAGCAGACGAUAUUGAUUAUUCCACAAGUGAUUCGAGUGGGGAAGAUGACCAAUCAUCAACUUCCGAAACCAGUGGUGCAGACGAUUUUUCUAAAAUAGCUAAUAGGAGAGAUAUACCUGCCAAUAAAAGUGCGCAAAGAUUAUGGAAAAAAAUAGAAAAAAAACGUGAAAAUUCGUGCCGGGUAUGGCUGAGAUUUUGCAUAUGGCUCGAAAAAGAAAUAGACGCUCUCACUAAAUAUUGCCAUAUUUAUAAUCAAAAAUCGAAAGACAUGCUCCUAAAAACCUCUUUCGAUUUGGGUAGAGAUGGAUGGCUCAUGGAAAAUGAGAACAUUUUGCGCACCUUGCAUUCAUUUAUCUGCUUACGCAAACCCGUGGGUAUCUUGGCGUACGUUAAGAUGCAGCUAUCGGCCUUACUCAGCAAGAUAGAUCGUGAUAUUCGGUCUAAGCAGACAAGAAUGCCAGAUCGUAAUCAGCUUCACGCUUCGUCGGUCGAAAAUGUGCCAAUUUUGAACGAAAUUCCAUAUCUGAUUGAUCUUUUUAAACAAUGGAAUGAGAAUGACUCUUAUAAUUCUACCUCUUCCCAACCGGACGUCGACUCAGAACAAUUGAAUGAAAAUAUAAAACAGGAUCGCUCAUGUUUGCUUCCCGACGAAACUCCUUUCACAUUGAUUAGGGACUCUUGCAAAGAUAUAAUGAUUUCUGUUCUUGACUCUGGGUUCGGCACCGGAUCCUGUUUACCCCCUGGGCCCCAGAAUUUAGGAAAUACCUACAAUUUUGGUUCAGACGAUUAUUUGAAAUCGUCCGCCGCCAACUGGAAUCGUCUUCUCGCAACUCAGGACGCCAGCCAUUCUCUUUCCUUGUGUUUAUUUCAAUAUCUAACACCCUUAAACCCAGUGCCACAGACUUUCUCCGCUAAUUUAAUGAGCUUAGGGAACCAAACUGAUAUUCCUCCUCUUGCAGAUAAAUCAAUCGAUGGUAACCUUAACAAAAAAACAAACACUCAUUUCAACUUUGAUAAGCGUUCAGUCGAAGAUAUAAAAGCCGAUAUCAUAGAUAGUGUCCGAAGUUCUAUCAAAUCUCCGAAUAUGCCACCGAUUAGUGAAGGCAAAGUCUCGAAAACACUUGAUUUUGCAAAAGAUUCUAAAAACACUUUAAAUACUUCCUUCCCUCCUUCCAUCAUGAUUGUUUCAUCAACCAGUCUAGAUAGGAUAUGCAAUUCCGAGUUCGACGUUAUACUCAAUUUUUGGUGGAAAUAUUUAUAUGCCACUAAAAAAGGUCGACCCGAUAAAACUGCCAACCAUAUUGGUUUAUUUAAGAUCAUUGAAACGGAAAAUGGAGACGAAGAAAAGAUUUUGGACGAUAUCGUAGUAAUGCCUUCUACUGAUGAGCAUAUUGACACAACUAAUUGGCCUUGUCUAUCUAACCCAAUUUCUAAUUCCACACCCGAUUCCGCACUUAACACCCCAAGCCCAAAUCUAAUCAACAGAAAUAAAGCUCCCCUUCCUUCGUCGUAUCACCAUAAUAUCAAUACUCAAAAUAUUCUCGAGGGAAACCAACUCAUGAUGCAUUGUUCAUGGAAAGAUUUGAGACUUCUCUUAGCUGAAUGUCUCCUAGCUAUUCAUGCUUCCUGCUUCUUAACGGCCCUCACUACCUUCGAUGCCUGCUUGUUAUACAGAAUAACCUGCCUUAAGUUGGAUAGAAGUCUGUGGAAAAAGACAUUCGGCUAUUGUGUUGAUGCCUAUCUAUUGACGAAGUCUUCAGCCACAAAUGAAGGAGAAAAAUUGAGAGGUGCACAACAAACGAAUUCACCAAUCCCUCCACCUAGACCAACCAACAACCCAAUAAAAGCAAAAAUUUUUGUACCCCCUACCAAGCAUAUAUUUGCCCGUAUAUUUCAAAAGCCAUCAAAGGAGGAUAGUCUGCCUUUAGAUGUUUUAAACUACGAAUCAGAUGAUUCUUUAGACGAAGACGAGAACGAGACUAAUGUACCAGAUGAUAAUACUUCGGCAAACGAUACUCAACACAUCGAUCCAGACAGUUUUGCCUGGACCCUUAUUCGCCUCUCUUGUGUUCGAUGCGCUUUGAUAGAAGUCGGGACAUUUUUGGUCGAUGUUCUGGGUUUAAAUGCCGGACCGGAAUCGCUUCCUUCCCACACUAAUCCACGUAUUCACGCUUACCUUUGCUUAUUGGAGAGGUGGGAAAAGGGGCUUGCCAAAAGACUAUACGAAGUUUACGGUAAUCUGGAUACUUUGCAACUCAUAGGGUACGUAGAAGGUGACAAUGAGGUAAUGGCGUGCGCGGAUCAGCAAAAACAAGGACAAGAGGGAAUGCGAAAAAAAAACUUAUCAGACAAGUCUCAUAAAACAAAGAUAAACCCGUUAAAACACAAAAUGACCGCCACUUCUUCUUCUGACGAAUUGGAACCAGAAACUCAAACUGCUUCUAAAAGUGUUGGAAAAAUAAUGGGUCUAUCGGCCAUCACUAAAUACAAAAUUCUGCUUGAACCAGAUCACACGCCGUUUAGAUCAAAUUCAAGAUCCAUUAUGCCUAUCAAGAGACUUUGGUUGAGGUUAGUGAGAGACGAAAGAACGCACGAUUUAUUCGUGAAAUUUAUUUUCGCUGACAAGAAUAGGAACCUACUACCAUCAGUUGAUAUCACUCAGAUGGAUGGAACGAAAAUUACUGAUCGCAAGAAACUUGAACAAGAUUUGGAAAUAACAGGAAACGGUUUUGACACUAAAUAUAUGGCUAAAGGUAAUAUUCUAACACAUAGACAUUCCACUAAAAACUCGACAAGGACCCUCCUUUCCGAAUCUCAUUCUCAUCAAUCCUCAAAAGUAUCAGAAUCCAAAGUGAUAUUCACUGUUAUGCAAAAAGAAAAGGAGGCUAUUCAUUGUUUCACUCUAAAAUCGAAGCUUUCUUUCGACUUCCAUGCGGACACUGAGGGAGCCAAACCAUCUCCCUUCGAGAAUUACCUUGAAAAGGGUCAAAAUCUAGAUUCUCAUAUUGGAGAUGACAUGGAACAAUUUUUCGAAACUACCCAGGAAUACUAUUUUUACCCAAGAAAAGAUAUCCUAGCCAUAGGAACGGACAAAGAGACGCAAGAGAUGGAUAUCCAUCAAGCUCUUAAUAGGCCCGAAUGGAUUGCCGACGAUUUGGAGCUCGAUAUUAUGAGUUCUAAACGGAAACUGAGCCGAUCUGAAGUAGAUUAUCUUAUAGUCCCCAACGAAAUUAAAUUGGGUUUAUCCGGUAAAACUCCAAACAAGAACCACCUAUUUUCCCAUCCCUCGCAAAGGCAUCAAUUUCACAUGCCCAAAAUUCAUUCGACCCAGAUGUACAAAUCUCCAUUUCCAACUUGUGAUAAUUUUGGCUAUAUAGACCAUUUAAAUCGCAUUUUCUUCGAUUCGAAGUGCUUUCCAUAUAACAAUUUAGCCUACAAAAGAAUCAUGAGAUCCAGAUAUCUGACAAAUAUUAUAUUGAAACGAAAUGAAACCGGCGUAAGAAAAAUGACCUCCCAUCCACUCCAUAACUUCUACUUAACUGGUGGAUUAGAUGGAAUCGUUAAGGUAUGGAAAUGGGGAGAACCUGAUUGUCUUGCUAAAUUGAACGAUCAACCUACAUCCACUGGUAGUUCGAAUACCAGUAAUCGAGUUGUGGGGCUUAGGUAUAGUCCUCAAGGGAAUAAGCUUGGCGCUAUGCAUAUGGACGGUAGGGUAGUCCUAUACAAUUCUAGCCUCGAAUCCUAUUUGCAUUCCGAAUUUUCACAUUGGAAUUACCAAUGUCAUAACAAAUCAGGAGUUGAUUUUACCUUCCUAGGAUCUUGUACUCUUAUAGCAACCGCCGGAUCUUCCUCUCCAGAUAACAAAAACUUGUGUGUAUAUGAUACCCUGAUGCCGGAACGAUCAUCUUGCGUUCAAUCUCUCUCGAUACCAGAUGAUCCUUUAAGUUCCUCUCAUUCUCAACAAACUACAAAUUCGGCCUUUCUAACGGGUCUUGAAUGGUCAUCGUUGCGCGGAUGGAUACUAGCUGUCACCACUAGGAAAGGUUACGUGAUCCUCGUUGAUACCCGGUCACCUCGCAAUAUUGUUACAUCGUUUCAUGCUCAUGAAUCGCCUAUAAAAUGUUUAAGUAUAGAUCCUCGAGAAGAAUAUAUGGUUACGGGUUCUGUCGAGGGAAAUAUUAAAGUCUGGUCCAUGGCAACUAUCCUCAAUUCCUGUCCAGCCAUAUCAUCCUUAUCUCUCCCGUCUUCUCAAAAUGGACACCAUCAUACACCAUCCUCCAUUCUCCCUCUUUACACGUUUAACAAUGAACACAUUCGAUCUGGCGCCGCUAUAUUUAAAAUAGCGGCCUCAGCUAGUAGCAAAUCUUCAUCUGUAUUGAAUCAAGGGGGAGUUGCACAGAUAUACAUGGAUUCGAGAAAUAGAAUAUAUUCUUGCGGAUCGGACGGUUCUUUGAAAGUUAGGAAACUUCCAGAAAACGAUAUAUACGAUUUUGACGAAAUAUUUUAUUAAUGUCACUUAUUUCUAAUCAUUCCUCAAAAAUAUUUAGAGAAGUUCAGAUCUUAAAUCACGGAACCAAUAUCCUCAUAAUAUUUUUUUAAAUAUAAUCCAGCCUUAAAUAUGCACCUACCUUGAAAAUUAGUUAAUAUUAUAAUUUUUUUAUCUCUCAGAGAUACCUUUUAUUUGCCCGAUUUUUCUUUAUUAAUAUGAAUACAAUAUUUUACCUUUUCUUUCUUUUUUUUCAUUUAUGGCCUAAUAUACACCCAACAAAUUUAAACAUUGUAUCAAAUACGUAUUGUAAUAAUAGAAGAUAAAAAAAUUUAUAUCAGUUACUUUUUCAAAUCCUGUCAAUUUGAAAGAAUUCGAAAACUGGGAUGAAUUCGUUUUUUAUUUAAAUUAAUAUAAAUAUUUUAAUUGAAUCAAUUUUUGGAUCACUAAUUGCAGACCAUUUAUAUACCGAAGCAUUAAAGGAAAAAAUAUUA